CAUGGGGCACAGUGUGGGGCACGGUGUGGGGCGCAGGUGGAGCCGCGUGGUGGUGUGGGUCGGGCCGUGGGGCACAGUGUGGGGCACAGGUGGAGCCGCGUGGUGGUGUGGGUCGGGCUGUGGGGUGCAGGUGGAACCGCGUGGUGGUGUGGGUCGGGCCGUGGGGCACAGUGUGGGGCACGGUGUGGGGCACAGGUGGAGCCGUGUGGUGGUGUGGGUCGGGCCAUGGGGCACAGUGUGGGGCACGGUGUGGGGCGCAGGUGGAGCCGCGUGGUGGUGUGGGUCCAGCCAUGGGGCACAGUGUGGGGCUCGGUGUGGGGCGCAGGUGGAACCGCGUGAUCGUGGAGAAGCCGUUCGGCCGCGACCUGGCGUCCUCGGAGGAGCUGACGCGGCAGCUGAGCGCCCUGUUCCGCGAGGAGCAGAUCUACCGCAUCGACCACUACCUGGGAAAGGAGAUGGUGCAGAGCCUCAUGGUGCUCAGGUUCGGGAACCGGAUCUUCGGGCCCAUCUGGAACCGGGACAACGUGGCGUGCGUGGUGCUGACGUUCAAGGAGCCCUUCGGCACCGAGGGCCGCGGGGGAUACUUCGACGACUUCGGCAUCAUCCGGUAAGCGCCGGUGACGUCAUCCUUCCGGUGACGUCAUCCUUCCGGUGACGUCAUCCUCCCGGUGACGUCAUCGUCCCGGCGAGGUCAUCGCACUGGCGAGGUCGUCGCGCUGGUGAUGUCAUCGCACUGGUGACGGCGUGGCGCUGGUGACGGCAUUGUCCUGGUGAUGUCAUGGCGCUGGUGAUGGCGUCGUCCUGGUGACAUCAUAGUCCCGGUGACGUCAUCGUCCCGGUGAGGUCGUCGCGCUGGCGAGGUUAUCGCGCUGGUGACGUCAUCCUCCUGGUGACCUCAUCCUCCUGGUGAUGUCAUCGUGCCAGUGAUGGCGUGGUCCUGGUGACGGCGUCGUCCUGGUGAUGGCGUCGUCCUCGUGAUGGCGUCAUGCUGGUGACGUCAUCCUCCUGGUGACGUCAUCGUCCCGGUGACGUCAUCGUCCCGGCGAGGUCGUCGCGCUGGCGAGGUUAUCGCGCUGGUGACGUCAUCCUCCUGGUGACGGCGUGGCGCUGGUGACGGCAUCCUCCUGGUGACAUCAUCCUCCUGGUGACGUCAUCCUCCUGGUGACGUCAUCGCACUGGCGAGGUUAUCGUGCUGGUGAUGUCAUCCUCCUGGUGACGGCGUGGCGCUGGUGACGGCAUUGUCCUGGUGAUGUCAUGGCGCUGGUGAUGGCGUCGUCCUGGUGAUAGCGUCGUCCUGGUGAUAGCGUCGUGCUGGUGACGUCAUCCUCCUGGUGACGUCAUCGUCCCGGUGACGUCAUCGUCCCGGCGAGGUCGUCGCGCUGGCGAGGUUAUCGUGCUGGUGAUGUCAUCCUCCUGGUGACGGCGUGGCGCUGGUGACGUCAUCGUGCUGGUGACGGCAUGGUCCUGGUGAUGUCAUCACGCUGGUGACGUCAUCGUCCCAGUGACGUCAUCGUCCCGGUGACGGCAUCGCGCUGCUGACGUCAUCGCGCUGGUGAUGGCAUCAUCCUGGUGACAGCGUCGUGCUGUCACGGUGCUGGUGACGGCGUCAUCCCGGUGACGUCAUGGUGCCGGUGACGGCAUUGUGCCGGUGACGACGUCGUGCUGGUGAUGCCAUUGUCCCAGUGACGUCAUCGUGCCGGUGACAUCAUCAUGAUGGUGACGUCAUUGUCCUGGUGACAGCAUUGUCCCAGUGACAUCAUCAUGCCGGUGACAUCAUCAUUCUGGUGACGUCAGUGUGCUGGUGACGUCAUUGUGCUGGUGAUGUCAUUGUCCUGGUGACGUCGGUGUCAUGGUGACAUCACUGAUGCGGUGACGUCAUCGUCCCAGCAGCGUGAUGGUGAUGUUGUUGUGUUGACAUCAUCGUGGUGGUGUCACUGUUGUGAUGUCAUCGUGGAGAUGGCAGUGUCACGGUGAUGUCAUUGAUGCGGUGACGUCAUUUGUCACGGUGGUUUCACGGUGAUGUCGUUGUGGUGAUGUCAUUGUGACGGUGUCCUUGGGGUGAUGUCAGUGGGGUGAUGUCAUUGCGGUGACAUUCUCGUCAUGCCGACAUCAUUGUGGUGAUGUCGUGGACGGCGUGAUGUCAUUGUCAUGGUGACAUCGUUGUCGUGGCGAUAUCAGUGCCACUGAUUGUGACACAAUGUCAUUGUCGCGGUGAUGUCAUUGUGGUGAUGCCAUUGUGGUGAUGUCAUUGUGGUGAUGUCAUUGUGGUGAUGCCGUUGUGGUGAUGUCAUUGUCACAGUGACGUAAUUGCUGUGCUGGCAACAGUGUUGUGAUUAUGUUGUUGUCACGGUGACAUCGUUACGGCGGUGACGUCAUCAUGGCAGUGACGUCACUUUCACGGUGACGUCCUUGUUUGCGCUGACGUGGUGGUGGCGGUGACGUCGUGGUGGUGGUGAUGUGGUGGUGGCAGUGACGUCAUUCUGGUGGUGCCGUGGUGGUGGCGGUGACGUCAUGGGGGUGGUGAUGUCAUGGUGGCGGUGACGUCAUUCUCGCAGUGACGUGGUGGCGGUGGCGUUGUGGUGGUGGUGACGUUGGGGAGGCGGUGACGUCGUUUCUCGCGGUGCCAUCAUGGUGGCAGUGAUGUCAUUCUGGUGGUGACAUCGUGGUGGCGGUGCCGUGCCGUGGUGGUGGUGGUGACAUCAUUCCGGUGGUGCCGUGGUGGCGGCGGUGACGUCAUUCGGGCGGUGACGUCAUGGUGGUGGUGCCGUGGUGGUGGCGGUGAUGUCAUGGUGGUGGUGACGUCGUGGUGGUGGUGGUGACGUCAUGG